UCUACUUCCGCAACAAAUCUUACAAAUGGGUGAAACUGUCAACAGGACUCUAAAAAGUUUACUGUUUAUUUUGAGCAUUUAUAUCGCAGUUUUAGGUCAAGUAAAGGGAAAUGCACCAGAAAUACUUGGGAUUAUAUCCCAGGAACCUGGAAACAUACGAGAUGAGACUGGAACACUGCUGCUUUAUCCAAAAAUCGCACAUAAGUUACUUUUGGUCGGAACGAACUUCUCCGAAGUGGAAAAAGGUCAAGCCCAGAUAGCAUUCACUUUAAGAAGAGAUACAAGUGGUAAUUGUGAUGAUUACGACAGGACAAAGUCAUUUGAUUUGACACCAACCGCCGAUGGACAGUAUGCCUCUGUUACAGUUACUUUGGAACAGAUUCCAAAUACAAAGUUAUCAUCUGGAAAUGUAACAAACAAGUAUCUUUACAUCUGCUCCAAAAAAAAUGAUGAUUGGGUCCACCAAGGAGAUUCCAAUAUAUUACGAGUAGGUAUAGGAGAGAUAGAACCUCCUAAAAUUCUCUCUGUAGUUACAGGAGAACCUGACAGCACAAUUAACAAUGAUGGAAGCAUUUUACUCUAUUCAGAUGAACCUCAAAAUAUAUUUUUUGUAGGUCAACAUUUUGAUGGGUUUAAACAGAAUGGACAGCUGGCAUUUACUUCUAAAAAGGAUGUUACAGGAUCCUGUGGAAUCUUUCUGGAAACAAAUAUUUUCAAUGUCACUGUUGAAAGUGAUGUACUUUCUUCUGUAUCAGUGACUCUUCAACAACUGGGUGGAGGUCAGCAUUAUUACAUUUGUUUGAGAAAUCCUCAGAAAUCUGCAGAAUGGAUCCAUCAGGGGUCAAACAAAUUUCUUACAAUAGAUGUCCGUGUCAGAGUAGAAAAAACAACAAUGUUACCCAUGUCGAUGCAAAUUAUUCUUAUUGCUUCUCUGUUAGUUUUAUCAGGUUUAUUUAGUGGUUUAAAUUUAGGACUGAUGGCGUUAGAUAAAACAGAACUGAAAAUUAUUGAACGCUGUGGGUCCAAAAAUGAAAAGAAAUAUGCAAAAACAAUUUCCCCAGUUCGUAAAAGGGGAAACUUUUUGUUGUGCACACUUCUCUUGGGCAAUGUGCUGGUAAAUAAUUCUCUUACAAUUUUAUUGGAUGAUUUAAGUAAUGGAUUAAUUGCUGUUAUUGCAGCCACAAUGGGAAUUGUCGUAUUUGGAGAAAUUAUACCACAAGCUGUUUGCUCAAGACAUGGCUUAGCUGUUGGAGCAAAAACCAUAUGGAUUACAAGAAUUUUCAUGGUUCUCACAUUUCCACUCUCUUUCCCAAUCAGUUUACUUCUAGACAAAAUUUUAGGCGAAGAAAUUGGACAUGUGUAUGACAGAGAAAAACUUCAAGAAUUGAUUAAAGUGACUAAAGAUUUCAAUGAACUUAAAAAUGAUGAAGUAAAUAUAAUAGCUGGGGCGUUAGAAUUGACCAGGAAGUCAGUUACAGAAGUCAUGACUAAAAUUGAAGAUGUGUUCAUGAUUGAUAUAAACAGUAAACUAGAUUUUGAUACAAUCGCUGAAAUUCAAAGGAGAGGUUACACUCGUAUUCCAGUAUAUGAGGGAGAUAAAACAAACAUUGUACAUUUGUUAAAUAUCAAGGAUUUGACUUUAAUUGACCCUGAUGAUAAAACCCUACUUAAAACUGUGCUGAAAUUCUACCAGCAUCCAUUGAUCUAUGUGUUUGAUGAUCUCAAAUUAGAUGCUAUGCUCACUGAAUUUAGACAAGGUCAUUCUCAUUUGGCAGUGAUCCGUAGAGUGAACAGUGAAGGUGACGGUGACCCAUUUUACGAGACCCUUGGAGUUCUGACUCUGGAGGAUGUUAUUGAGGAGAUCAUACAGUCAGAAAUCAUAGACGAGACUGAUACCCUAACUGAUAAUAGACAGAAGAAGCAAAGAAGGAUAGAGAAACAGGAUUUCAGUAUGUUUACCAACCCUGACGAUGGUCACAAGCCUUGGAUAUCAUCACAUCUAGCUUUGGCUGCAUUUCAAUUCUUGUCUACAUCUGUGGACUUGUUCAAGGAAGAGUACAUAUCACCAAACGUUCUGAAGAGGCUGAUCAAACAGAAUAUUUAUGAAGAAGUUAUUAACAACGAAAAGAAAGAAUGUCAAAUUUAUAAAGAGAAUACUCCUUGUGAUUUUUUUGUUUUAAUCUUAGAAGGACAUGGUCAUGUAUCCAUUGGAAAAGAAAAGCUUGAGUUUGAUGGAGGGCCUUUCACAUAUUAUGGUGUUCAGGCUCUUGAGGUGAACGAGUCUAGUUUGGCUCCUCAGCAUAGUACAGAUAGUAUUUACUUAAAGGGGGAUGUGUACAUUCCUGACUUCUCGCUGAAAGCCACUUCCACAAUUAUCUUCUUAAAGGUUAGACGUGCUCAUUAUAUAGCAUCAAGGAAGGUCACUUUGAUUGGUAAAACCACGGUCAGAGAAGAGGAAGAAAAUGAAGCAUACGAUCGUGAAAUGCAGAAAGCAAGCUGGUUGACUAACUCAUCUAAUAAUAGUGAUUUAAUUCUUGUUGAUAAGAAAAGCUUGGCACAGCAUGGUAGAACUUCUAGUCAACCGUCACUUCCGAAUAAAGUCAGGAGUGAAAGUACUUUGUCGGGAAGGAGUACGAAUUCAGAUAAACCAGAGGAAUCAAAACCAACACCAACACGUCUAAAUGAAAAUUAUGUGUAUCAAAAUUCACCGACGAAAGAAAACGGGUUGGUUGAUCAAGGAGAUGGUGACAAGAAGGAAGAAUUAAUUUGUGAUGCUGAGGAAUUGACUCCCAUGAUAUCUUAUGAAGAUCAGAAUGUCAAAGAUAAUGUACCAUUAACUAGUAUUUGAAACCAUUUUGUAAAAUAUCAAAUAGGUCUGAAACUAAGUCACACAAACAUGAAAAAACUGUCUUGAUGUUUUAUGAUUGUAAAUAUCAGCAUUGAAGAUAAAAUUGAGUUUAUCGAGUUUUUUGUAAAUAAGAAAUAAUAAUGUAGUCUUUUUCACAAAGGAAUUCAAAUUUAAACUUUUUUGUUUAAGAUUAUUAGGAAUAAAUUGAAAGUUAAAGUUCUACAAUAUAAUUGUAUUUGUUAAUGUUAAAUUUUUAUAGUAGUAUAUGUAUUAAGUUUAUAUAUUGAAAAUGUUCAUAUACUUUUAGAUCAUUCCUUGGUAUAUUUAAAAUUUUCUGUACAAAUGCAUAAAUAUGCUAAUAAUACUAAUGUUUAAAUAAAUAAAUGUCCUACUUUAAAAUCAAAUUAUGUUGAAUCUUUAGAAGUCA